AUGAAAUUAAACAUACUGAAGCUGUAAAUUAGAUUGCAGGUUUAAUAUAAAAAUUUUUAAAUUAAGUUGAAUCAAUAAAAAAAAUUAAAUUCAAAAAAAUCAAUAGUGAAAAAACAAUGUUGUAUAAUACCCUUAAAUUAAUAUGAUCCAGAAUUUAUUAAUAAAACCAAAAAUAAAACAGAUAAUGAAAUUGAUGAAUGA